CCGGGGCGGGAGGGCCCGGGACCCGGUAGCGGCUGCAGAGCUCCGAGCCCCUCGGCGCCGGCCUUUCCCCGCCGCUCGCCUGUCCUCCAUCUCCGGUUCCCUGCGAGCGCGCAGUGCCCUGGACCAUCCUUACCUCUCACUCUUGACAGCUCGGCUAACUCCUAUUCAUCCUUCAAAACCCAUCUCUGCUCGUAUGUUGUUUGCUGCCUUCAUCAGUCUGUGGCCUCCGGCGCAGGAUCCGUGUUUUGUGUUUAAUCUCUGGCCACACCAGAUACAACAUAAGGCUUGGCACACAGUAGGUAAUCAGGAGAUGUUUGUUGAAUGAGAAGACCCUAUUUCUGUGCCCCCCUCCCACGAGGUUGCUUUUUACAAAUAUUUCUAGAUGCUGGGGAUCAAACAGUGAUCAAAACACAGAAAAUCCUGCCCUGGUGGGGCUGACAUGCUAGUGACCGUCAAUGCCGCCCCCUCUCCCGUAGCCGCAUUUCUCCAAUGACCGUACCUUUCCUUCUAGCGGUACCUCUCUCUCUUAAUCACCCCCUCCUUCCAGGAAAAAAGCCUCCUUUUAGAAACACAGAAGGCAGCAAACGCCUUUUUCCUGAAGUUUAUGCUGUUUUCGGUGGCUCCCAGUCUUCUUCAUUUUUGCCUGUUUUCCUUGAGUCGUCUUUGCCUCCUCUCUUACCCUAUUGGAUGCGUUUUCUUGGUUCUGUCUUCAGUGCUGCUCACCACCGCCGCUCCCUCACCUCCAGAGCGUCACUCAGGUGUCACCUUCUGCCUCAGCCCUGACUCGGCCUCCGCCGCCCUGCUCUCCUUCUCUGUCUUACCUUUCUCCCUAGAAUUUCUCACCACCUGACGCCCUCGAUCUCACUUGACUCUGGUCUGUCUCUCCCCGCUGGCCUGUGAGCACGGUGAGCCCAGGGCAUCCUUGACUGUCUUGCUCGCUGCUGGUUUCCUGAUGUCUCGUGUGGGGCCUGGCGAGUAGCCCAUGCUCCAUCAAUGUUUGUUGAGCAAAUGAACAAAAUGUACGGAAGCAGAUAGUACGGGAGCCCUACUGCCCAUCCUCUGGCAUUCAUUCAGUCCUUGCUGCCCUGCCUGGUUAGGAAGUGGGGCUCACGGGCCCCAAGCCCCCUACUCUGGGAUCUUUUGCCAUAGACUUGGUCUUUAGUUCUGGCCGUUGGCCUCUCCUGUGAGUCGACCUCUGUGGAUGACGGGUGGGUAGGAAUCCGUCCUCCUGGCUGAAGAAGGCUCUGGUGGUGGAACCCACUGGGUUCCCUUUGACGGGAGGAGUGGGAUGCUGUGCACAGGAGUUGAGACAGGUGAGAUGCCUGAUUAGGGAGGGCCUCAGGACCAGGCUAAGUAUUCAGAGAACAGAAAUGCCAGCUCCUUCGCGGUGCACAGUUCAUUAGUUCGUAAUUAGUCCGUUAUAUUGUAUUAGCUCCAUUUGAGAUGGGCUGGCCCUAUGGGGUUUCAUUUAGACGAUGGUUUUGUGUGUGGAAGGCGUUACCUGCCUGGAUUGGGCUGCAGGUGAAGGUGGGGUUUGCGGAGGAGGCGGACUACAGAUGAUUGUUGAUGGUGACCUAACUGGUUGGCAGUGGAGCCUGUCAGGCGAGUGGCGCCCUUAGGGGGAAAGGCGUGGAGGGGGUGGGCUGGUUGAUUCCAGGGGACAUGAAACCCGCUGUCCAGGGGAAGAGGUCGUUUGCCCUCGAAGGACAGCAAGAAACUGUGUCCUCAAUGGCUUCGUUGGUGGCUUAUGAUGACUCAGACUCAGAGGCUGAGACGGAGCCUGCGGGAAGUCCUAAUGCAGCCAGCCAGAUGAGAGACACUUGUGAUAUGGUCAGGCCUUGCGGGCAGGAUUUUGCGUCGGGCAUCCUGGACGUGACGGAAGGGGGAGCCCUCCCCACAGAGCCCGGUUCUUAUGAAGACCCGGCCGGCCAUCGUCUCCCUGUGGUUCGGCUCUGGAGAAGGGACCCAGGGUCUUGCCCCAGCCAGAGGCUGCAGUGGCCCAGGGCAGAGCCUGAAGUCACCUUCCCCACAAGUGAGCCUCCUCGGCCUUCCCUGUGGACCAGUCACACUCCGGCCAACCACAUGCCUCUGGCGGCUGCCCGCUUUAGACAGGUGACACCCUCCUGGGGACCUGGUGACUCCCCCGAGCCGUCUUUCUGUGCCCAAAGCAAAUGUGGAAGCCCAGGGACAAACGGCAGCUCCCUGCAGAGGAAAAGGCGUGAGGCCUGUGUCGUCCCCUACACCCCGAAAAGGCUGAGGCAGCUGCAAGCAUCAAGCGCAGAAACAGACAAGAGUACAGACGUGCAGCCCCAGGGCCCCUCCGCCCGGCGAGUGCCCGCCCCAGCCCGGCUCCCCGUGGCCCCCCGAGUGUCUGAGUUGAUUCAGCCGCAUCUGGACGGUCAGUAUAAAGCAACCAAGAUGCCCAGGGGUGUGCUGUUCCACCUGAGAGGCCACAGGGGCCCGGUCAACAGCGUCCAGUGGUGUCCAGUCUUGUCGAGAAGCCACAUGCUUCUCUCGGCUUCUAUGGACAAAACCUUCAAGGUGUGGAACGCCGUGGACUCGGGGAGCUGCUUGCAGACCUACUCCCUGCACAGUGAGGCGGUGCGGGCUGCCCGGUGGUCUCCCUGCGGCCAGCGCAUCCUCAGUGGUGGCUUCGACUUCGCCCUGCACCUAACAGACCUCGAAACAGGAACCCGGCUGUUCAGUGGUCAGAGCGACUUUAGAAUCACUACCUUGAAGUUUCAUCCGAAAGAUCAUAGCCUGUUUGUGUGUGGAGGCUUCAGCUCUGAAGUCAAAGCUUGGGAUAUACGGACCGGCAAGGUGGUAAGAAGCUACAAGGCGACCAUCCAGCAGACCUUGGACAUCCUCUUCCUCCAGGAAGGCUCCGAGUUUCUGAGCAGCACAGAUGCUUCUAGCCGGGACUCCGCCGACCGCACCAUUAUCGCCUGGGAUUUCCGGACCUCCGCCAAAAUCUCCAACCAGAUUUUCCAUGAGAGAUACACCUGCCCCAGCCUCACCUUGCACCCGCGGGAGCCUGUGUUCCUGGCGCAGACCAAUGGCAACUACCUGGCCCUCUUCUCUGCCGUGUGGCCCUACCGGAUGAGCAAAAGGCGGCGCUACGAAGGGCACAAGGUGGAAGGCUACUCGGUGGGCUGCGAGUGUUCCCCGGAUGGUGACCUGCUGGUGACGGGCAGCGCCGACGGCCGGGUCCUGCUGUACAGCUUCCGCACCGCCAGCCGGGCGCGGACACUGCCAGGGCACGCACAGGCCUGCGUCGGCACCACCUUCCACCCCGUGCUGCCCUCCGUGCUCGCCACCUGCUCCUGGGAGGGCGACAUUAAGAUCUGGCACUGAGCACCCAGCGUGGAACCUUCUAGACGCCGGCCGGGCCCCAGGCUCCCCUUCUUCUUUGGAGUGGGUGGGUGUGAGCACGCACUGAGGUUGGCUUGGGGGUUGGCUGCCUCCACCACCCUAAGAGCCUCAGUCUCCUCGUCGGUAAAAUGAGGACAGCAUCCGUUUGUCUCAGGGUUGUGAGGACCACGUUAGUGAAGGCACUGAGGUGAUGCUCAAUAAACGUGAGUGUUUGCUGUUUCU